AGUUCAUUCCUAAAUCUGUGCGAUAGGACAAUCAAAAUUAAUUUAAGUAGAAAUGUCAAUGAAAAUAAUCUAAAAAAUUCCCAACAAAUUCUCUACCGAUCCAAAUGAUCUGAAUAAAUAAAUAGAAGAAUAAACAAUAGGAAAAGUCCGUAAGAACGAGGAGAAAAUGGAUAUAGACUUUAAAUUAUUUAGAUCAGCCCUAGGUACCACCAAGAAGAUGCGGAUAGGAAAUAUGAUGAAAACGAUGAUAAAAACCUUCACGAGGAAAAAACUCGUGAAUUGCUCGGGGGAAUCUAGCCUAGUUCGGUGUUUAUCUACUUUGGACUUGACUGCCCUUGGAAUAGGCUCCACUCUGGGAGUUGGGGUUUAUGUACUCGCUGGGGCGGUAGCUAGGGAUGUGGCAGGCCCAGCUGUGGUUAUUUCAUUUGCAAUUGCAGCGAUCGCGUCGAUGUUCGCAGGUCUUUGCUACGCGGAAUUUGGCGCCCGAGUGCCGAAAGCCGGUUCCGCCUACGUCUACAGUUACGUCACGAUGGGCGAGUUCAUCGCAUUCCUAAUCGGUUGGACCCUAAUCCUGGAGUACAUGAUUGGCGCGGCGAGUGUCGUCAGGGGCCUCAGCACUUACGUCGACGAACUGUGCAAUAAUUCCAUGAGAAAUGCCUUCCAACAUGCUGCGCACAUCGAAGUUGAUUACUUCUCACCGUAUCCGGAUUUUUUCGCCUUCGGAAUUACCAUCACAUUCUCACUGGCUGUGGCAUUCGGAGCUAAAGAAUCUUCCCUGGCUAAUAACAUCUUCACUUUUCUGAAUUUGGGAGUGGUAUUGUUCGUAAUUAUCACCGGAAGCUUCAACGCUACCGCAAAAAACUGGAAGCUCGAGACUCCAUGCACGAACGGCCCGAAAGACGAUUGCCCCAAUGGAAGAGGUGGAUUUGCGCCGUUCGGUAUCUCCGGCAUCCUGACGGGGGCUGCGACCUGUUUCUACGGUUUCAUAGGGUUCGACUGCGUGGCGACAGCUGGAGAGGAGGCCAAGGACCCCAAGAAGUCGAUCCCCAUAGCCAUCGUGGCCUCAUUAACGGUCGUCUUCCUGGCGUAUUUUGGUGUUUCAACAGUUCUGACGACAGUUCUCCCUUACUACGAGCAGAACCGGGACGCCCCCUUCCCCCACAUGUUCGACAACAUCGGCUGGAGCUGGGCGAAGUGGAUAGUCUCCGUUGGAGCCAUCAGCGGACUCUGCUCCAGCCUCCUCGGGGCUAUAUUCCCAUUGCCAAGGGUCAUCUACGCCAUGGCUAAUGAUGGCUUGAUCUUCAAGUGGAUGGGAUCGGUUAAUUCCAGAUUCCACACGCCGAUGAUGGGGACUUUGUCGGCUGGAUUGUUAACUGGUGUUCUCGCAGCAAUAUUCGAGCUUGGACAACUCGUGAAUAUGAUGAGCAUUGGUACUCUUCUGGCUUAUUCAAUAGUUGCCGCUUCUGUUUUAGUUCUAAGGUAUGAAGAGAGUGAAGCUUAUCAGAAACGAGACGACAGAGAACCAAGGACAUUCGACUACAUAGCGAAACAGUUGAUAAACAUGAAUAAACUCCACAUGUCCACGAAAUUGACGAGUCAAAUCGUCAGUUGGCUAGUCUUCGUCUACGUGGUCCUGUGCUUCUGCAUAACCGGAAUAAUCCGGACGUUCUCAGGAGAAAUAAUGAAAGGAACAGUCUGGCCGAUAAUUCUCCUCGCAAUCACCGUCACAUGUCUAGCAUUAACAGUUCUACUUAUUCAUCUUCAACCGAAAUCCGAGAAGAAACUCAAUUUCUCAGUCCCACUGGUGCCCUUUCUCCCUGCCUUGAGCAUCAUCAUCAACAUCUACCUAAUGGUGAUGCUGGACAUCAUGACCUGGAUACGAUUCGCCUUGUGGAUGGUAGUGGGUCUAUCGAUCUACUUUUUCUACGGCGUAUGGCACAGCACACACAGAGACAACCACAUAAACUCUGAGACAACGUAACGAAUAGUCUGUACAUACUCUAAUAAAUGACAAUGAUAAGAUA